AAAAGUCAUUCUUAUCUCUACAUCAACAAGCAAAGAAAUGCGGGGAAUGACCCAAUGCAGCAGCAUGUGUGGAUGAAUUUAUUUUUCAAGCACCUAUUUGUGCAACUCAAAUCAAUGUGGAUUGCUGGAGUACAGAAACGGCUUCUCUCUCAACCCAAAGAAAAGAGUCGGUUUUUAUAAUUUACGUCAUUCGAUUGGGGAAAGGCUUACUUUUUUUUUAUCGAGCCGUCUUUUAUCAAUUUUUAAAGCUCCCCUCUCUCCUUUGACAGCAUUGUAUCCAUGUCGCGUCAUGGCCCAUACCAAUCCGCCACAGCAAAAUGAAGGACGAGGCAUUCCUUUGAUUGUGUUUAUACCCAUCAUUGUUUGCUUUGUCUCCAUCUUGUUUUUAUUGGACUACCGUCAACGAAGAAAUGCACAACAGCCAGUUUUUCACGAGCAAGAUGAUGAACAGACGGCUGCUUUGGAAGAACUCAUGAGACUGCGACAACAGCACCCUGUUGCUGAGCAACCAAGCGAUGACGAACAGAAUGACGUAGCAGAAGGGUCGUCUACAGGCGUCCGUCGAAGAGUCAAAAAAGUCGGUAAGAAGAGAGGAGAAAAACUAAGACGAAAAGAAGAAAUGAGACGUUAUCGAGAAUACAUGGAUCACCAGCGUGAGGUACAGAGACAACAAGCGCAAUUUUUCGAAGAGCAAGAAAGGAUUCGCAAAGUUGAACAAACCCGGCAGAGAACACACGAAUUGAACAAGCUACGAAAACAAAGAGAAAAACAGGCAAAAGCAGAAGCCAAAGAAGCAGCGAAAAGACAGAAAUUGGAGGAAAAGGAAGAGAAAAAGAAACAAUACAAUUACAACAAGUAUUCAGAGCGAUUAAAGAAACUCGUCAAGGAAAAUAAAUUAUGUAGCCUCAACGACUUGGCAAAGACCAUGAAGCUAUCAGCAAAAGACAUUGCUGACAUACUAAAGCAAUUGUGCGAUCAAGACAGUGACUUUUCACUCAGCUUGUGGUCGGCCGACGAUCAGCAGUUUUUAUUUGUCACGGAAGAGGAUUAUGUACAUUUUGAAAAGGAAUUAUUACAAAAGAAAGGGGGAAGGAUAUCCAUACACGAGGCGGAUGUCUCCAUGCUGCAUCAUUCCAGUUGAAUCUUGGAAAUGACGUCUCGUAGGCUUUUCAUGACAAAAAUAUCUUUGCCAUCCUCGUUUCUGCCAUCAUGAGCAAGUUGCAUAGACGAGAUUUUGUCUGUUAAUUCAUUCAGCUCAUCCACAAGCGCUCCUUCUUUG